AUGCCGAAGGAGCAGUAUCGGGCCACUGGCGAGACGGUCGAAGUCCGUCAGAUGGCCUUUGGCAUACUGACGCCGGACGAAAUCGGAGCUUUGUCACACAUAAAAUGCGUCAACAAGAGUCUUUACAUCGCCGAUCAUUCGAAGGGCAGACAAGCCUCUCCCUACGGGGUUCUGGAUCCCAAACUCGGCACUUCCAGCCGAGCCGGUGUCUGUGAGACAUGCGGGAAAGGACUGACCGAGUGCGUUGGUCAUUUCGGUUACAUCGAUCUCGAAUGUCCCGUUUUUCACUGCGGCUUCUUCCGUGAAUGCAUCAACAUCCUCCAAUGCAUCUGUAAAAAUUGUGCUCAUAUUCUCCUGCCGGACGAGAUUAAGGACAAAUAUCGUCAACGCAUUCAGUCCCGUGAGCUGGACUACGUGACGAAGAAACAUCUGCAUACAGAAAUCUUAGAGAAAUGCCGCAAACUCCAAGGGAAAACCUGCCCGAAAUGUCAAUUCGUGAAUGGCUUUGUCAAGAAGGCUGGUAUGCUCAAGAUAAUGCACGACCGGACACGGAACAAACCAAAGAAGAGAACGAAAGAAGAAAUCGACGCGGAAGACUCUGAUCUGAAGGCCGGCAAAGCCCCGUCGACGGAAAUAGAGCUAGUGGAUGCCAUGAAGUGCCUCCAUCUUUUUGAGCGUAUACCCGAGUACGACGUUCCCCUUCUGUUCAUGAACGCCGAAAUCGGAAGACCCGAAAACCUCAUUCAGACCCGUGUCUUGGUCCCACCGCUGUGCAUUAGACCUUCGGUUGCAUCUGAUUUCCGCGCCGGCACAAAUGAGGAUGAUCUCACCGUAAAGUUGACCGAGAUGAUUUUCUUGAACGACGUCAUCGAACGACACCGUCAAACGAACGCCAAGCCGCAGAUGAUCGUAGAGGACAGAGAUUUCCUACAGCUUCAAUUCGCUCUGUAUGUCAACGGGGAAAUCAGUGGCGUUCCUCUGCACAUGCAGCCGAAACGACCAACCAAAGGCAUAAUUCAGAGAUUGAAAGGGAAAGAGGGCAGGUUCCGACAGAACCUGUCCGGUAAGAGAGUGGAUUUCUCCGGCCGGACGGUUAUUUCGCCUGAUCCGAAUUUACAUAUCGAUCAGGUAGGGAUACCGGUGCACAUGGCCAAAAUUCUCACCUUCCCCGAGAUGGUGACGCGACAUAAUCUCGAUCUCAUGAAGAAGAUGGUGAUGAACGGACCCGACAAGCAUCCCGGAGCGAAUUUCAUAGAGGGAAGGAACAAGCUCAAGAAGUUUCUCAAGUACGGGAACCGUGAACAACUCGCACAAAAUCUUCGCGUCGGCGACAUUGUUGAGAGGCAUUUGACCGACGGCGAUGUCGUCCUCUUCAACAGACAGCCUUCCUUACAUAAGUUGUCGAUAAUGGCGCACAAGGCGGUGGUUCUGCCUCACAGAACAUUGCGCUUCAACGAAUGCGUGUGUACUCCAUAUAACGCUGAUUUCGAUGGAGAUGAAAUGAACAUCCACAUGCCCCAGACCUAUGAAGCCCGAGCUGAAGCCAUGGUCCUCAUGGCGACAACUGCCAAUAUAGUUACGCCCAGGAACGGUGAACCCCUGAUCGGAGCGAUCCAGGAUUUCAUCACAGGAGGCUAUCUGCUAACUCACAAGGAUGAGAUGUUCGACCGGGAAACGGCGUGCCAUCUCAUCAGUCAGUUCGUCGCGGGGAGGGACGUCUCAACGACGGUGGAGCUUCCUCAUCCAGCGAUACUCAAACCCAAAGUCCUGUGGACCGGGAAGCAGAUAUUCAGUCUGAUACUGAAGCCCUCGAAAUCGUCCGAUGUUCGCAUCCACCUGAGGGCCAAAAAAAAAUACACCAAGAAUGAGGACAUGUGCACCAACGAUAAUUAUGUGAUAAUGCGAAACUCCGAGCUGCUGUGUGGUCGAAUGGACAAAGGAACCAUGGGAAGCGGAUCCAAGAACUCAAUUUUUUAUCUACUGCUUAGAGAUUAUAGCGCACAACAUGCGGCCGACGCCAUGUGGAGGUUGGCGAGGAUCAGCGCAUUUUUCCUCCUCUCGACGAGAGGCUUCUCCAUUGGAAUCGGUGAUGUAACGCCCGGUGCGAGUCUCGUUGCUCAAAAAAGAGAACUAGUCAGAGUGGGCUAUAGCCGAUGUCAGGAAUACAUUCGAAAGUUGGAUCAGGGAACACUGCCAGCUCAGCCCGGCUGUACCGAGGAGCAGACUUUGGAAGCGCUGUGUCUAAAAGAGCUCUCGUCGAUCCGAGACAAAACAGGAAAUAUUUGUACUGAGGAAUUGCAUCAAACUUGCUCUCCUCUGGUCAUGGCCCUCUGUGGUUCAAAGGGCUCCUUCAUUAACAUCUCCCAGAUGGCAACUUGCGUCGGUCAACAGGCCAUCUCUGGGCAUCGAGUCGGUAAUGGUUUCGAGGAUCGCUCGCUUCCGCAUUUUGAGAGGAAGACUAAAGAUCCCGACGCUCGAGGCUUUGUGGAAGAUUCGUUCUUCACUGGUCUUACACCGACCGAGUUCUUCUUCCACACCAUGGCUGGGCGUGAAGGUCUCGUGGAUACCGCUGUCAAAACUGCGGAAACAGGGUACAUGCAACGACGUCUCAUAAAGUCCUUGGAAGAUAUGAUGUUGAACUACGAUAGUUCGGUACGCUCGAGUACGGGCGAUGUAAUCCAGUUUGAAUACGGGGCGGAUUCUUUAGAUCCCGCGAUGAUCGAGGGCAAAGACUCGGUCGUCGACUUCAACAGGGUCCUCGAAAUGGUCAAAGCGUCGAAUCGAUAUCCUGAUGAGAUCGCUGAGGAUCCCGACACUCUCAUUGAGCUGUCAAAGCAGAUCGUCAGAGAACCUGAUUUCGACCGCGGAGUCAAACGGUACUUCAUCGACAUGCUGUUGGAGUACAUCGAGAGAGUAGCAGAAUCCAACCGCGAAUCGUGGAGGAAGCUCGGUGUGACCAAAGACAGUCCGAAAAUCUUCAAAGAACCAUGGAGAUUGACGAAAAGUCACUUGAGAGAUUUCAUUAUGACCAGCAAGAAUAAAUAUCUCAAAGCCAAGCUUGAACCUGCAACCGCAAUCGGAGCCAUAUGCGCACAGUCAAUCGGUGAACCGGCUACACAGAUGACUUUGAAAACUUUCCAUUUCGCGGGUGUCGCUUCGAUGAACAUUACUCAAGGCGUUCCCAGAAUAAAAGAAAUCAUUAAUGCAUCGAAAGCCAUCGCAACGCCGAUCAUUACCGCCACCCUCUUGGACGACAGCGACCCGGAAUUCGCUCGAAGGGUGAAGAGCCGUGUGGAGAAAACCACACUGGGGGAAAUCGCUGAAUAUCUGGAGGAAAUUUACGUUCCGGACGAUGUUUUUGUCAUGAUCAGAUUGGCGAUCGAUCGGAUCCGACUCCUGCAACUGGAAGUUUCUGCGCAAACGAUCAGAUACGCGAUUUGCUUGGACAAGAAGAUCAAGGCGAAGCCUAACGAUGUGACUGUGCACUCGAAUUCUGUCAUAACGGUUCGGGCGUCGAAGAGCACUUCGAACCAGAACCUCUCGCACAUAAUUCAAGAUCUGAUGGCAAACCUUCCAAAAGUCGUCGUGAAAGGGGUGGCAGCGAGAGCAGUCAUCCAUUGCGACGACACAACGCCGGAGAAACCCGUCUAUAAAUUACUCGUGGAGAGUAAUCGAUUGCUCGAUGUGCUAAGCACUUACGGUGUAAGGCCAGAGAAAUGUCGGUGUAAUAACAUUCUUGAGGUAUCAGAGGUUUUGGGAAUAGAAGCCGCUCGUCACCAGAUAAUCACAGAAAUGAGAGAAACCAUGGAAGGACACGGAAUUUCCAUCGACAUGCGCCAUCUGAUGUUGCUUGCCGACCUUAUGACGCGAACCGGUGAAGUUGUGGGUAUAACGCGUCACGGUCUGGCGAAAAUGAAGGAGAGCGCUUUGAUGUUAGCUUCCUUCGAGAAAACAGCUGAUCAUCUCUUCGAUGCUGCGUACUACGGUCAACGCGACGAUGUAACGGGUGUUAGCGAAUGUAUCAUCCUCGGCAAACCGAUGAAGCAGGGUACCGGCUUCUUCAAUCUUGUGUACGACUUCCCGAGGCAGCCACCUCCGCCCUCGGACUUGAUCUUCGACGUUCCUGAACUGCACACUCCACUUUUUUCAUGACUUCGAACUGUAAAUAACUUAUUCGUCGUACCCUGGAUUUACUCCCGAAGGUACGACGGAUACCAUAAAUCAUGUCGGAAGAU